AUGUCUGCUAAACUGUAAGUUUCAGUUCCAUUCUAUUCCAUUUCCAUCCAAUUUCAGCGUACUUUUGUUCCUCGCCCUCCUCGCGGUCCUUCGUCAGUCGACUGGCCAGUACUACGGUGGAUAUCCGACUGCCUACGGUAACAGUAUCUACGGAGGAGCAGCAGGAGGAUACGGUGGUUAUGGUUAUGGAUAUCCCGGAUCCUAUGGAGAUUAUGGAUACGCCUCGCCGAGUUACUACCCUGGAUCCUAUGCUGGAUACAUCGGAAAGAGGAGCAGCGGGUUCAAACCGAAAACAUUGUGAUGUGAAAGUAUUGUUGAAUAAAUAGAAUCAGCUGUCAUGACAUAUUUCAACGAGACCAAAGAAGUCACAUGAAUCACACUCAUCGUCACUUCCAGAAUCGACUUUACAGGUGUUUCCGCUUUCCACGUAAACUUCAGAGACAUAAUAAAGCACCGAUUUAUAUCAAACAUUUCCACGCAAAUGCCGAUUCCAUUCCGCAACCCCCUAAUUCUGUGUCGAAUGUCGAAUUCAUCAAUAAUUCUUCUCGGUUGGCUGCAUGGAAUCCACGUGAACAUUUUUGCUUAGAAUUCGAAAUUGUUGAAUGUUGGCUGGUCAUUCUUCAAAAUGUCACGGAUCUCUAGUUUCCCGGUCCAAAAUUCUUCGGCUCGUAGACACUAAUUAGGCGCUAGUAUGUAGUCAAUCCAUAAUUAUUUUUAGUCGCUCCCCCCCCUCGCACAAAAAGUUGUUGAAAAUGAACAUUUGGAAGGAAGGAAGGAAGGACGGAAGGGCGGAUGGAGAGGAGUGUGAGCAAAUAAGUGGGUGAAUAAUAAAUAAUAAUUAUUAUUAUUCGGGUAGGACCACCAGCACACUCUGGACGAUUCGGAAGGGAAAUGGGAUUGGGGGGAGGGGAGGAAAGAAUGAGAGCAAUCGGGGUGAUGGGCCUACAAAUUGGCGGGUGUGCUUUCAGGGUAAUGAAAAUGGACGAUUUCUUUAUUGAAUUGAAAAAUGCGAUCACUUUCUUGUGCUUUUGAUGAGAUUGCUAGGCCAUAACAAAUGCUCUUGAGUUGUUUGGCCGAUUUGGACGACCGAACAUGAAGUGACAUGGACGUUUUGCAACUGUCGGAACUCCACGUAGCAGUUCAGCGUAACAGUUGCGAAAAGUCUAGUGAGAGCGCUUACGGCUUCAAUGUUCUAAUUGGGAGUGGUUGCGAAACGUCUAGUUGCAAAAAGCCCCGUCGAAUUGCUAUAACGUACAGAGAGCGGGUCAAUGCACGUGCAAGCCGUCUGGUUGCGAAAUAGUUCAGUUGCAAAACGUCUCCCAGUUGCUUAGCUCCAGACCCCCAUAGAAUUUAUUACAAACAAAAGGAUUGAGAAAUGUUUGGUGAGCUCCUGACGAUUUUAUGUGCUCGCCCAUAAAACGGAGCCACGAAAAGAAAUAAUCUGACUAAUGGGUAAACAGGAGAAGAAAAGGACCCUUCAAACUCUCACGGACUCUUUGUUAGUCUCACACCUUUUAGUGUAUCGGGUUACCACAGGGAAUAUGAAGAAGAGGAAAACACCGUUUCUCUGUUUUCCUGUCACUGGCAGUUUUCAUCUGAAGGCGUUUUUUUCUUCCUCCAAAAAAAGCGAAACAAAAAGAGUGAGUUCUCGGAAAAGAACAUCGCUCAAAACAGGACACACAGCCUCGAGGGAUCAACGGGACUCGGCGCUAUUCGGGUCAGAAUGUCAGGUUUCUUCAUUACUUUUUUCCCCACCAACUAUUUUUGAUCACAGAAAAACAAAACACGAACGUCAGCGAUGUUUUUUGCUGCCUGUUCACAGAAACCCGGUCUAAUUUCGAAAUGCGAAAAGAGACUCACAGUCACAGUUGCAAAAUGUCCGGUUGCGGAAAGUCUCACAACUCUUCACACAAAAGCAAGUGUUCGCCAUGAUCGGGAGGAAAAUGAAUUGCGUGGAAGAGUUUCCGCACACGAGUUUUUUAGGCCAUCGCUUUUCUCAGCUGCUUUUACAAAAUUUUCCGGAAAAUCUGGCAUUUCUGCGGAUUUUGUCCAUUUUUACACGAUUCUAGGCUAGAAGUGGGCCGGAAAAUAGAGAAAACCUAAUUUUCAUCGGAAAAUGUGUGAACAAAAGAAGCUUGUGCGAAAAAAGGCGUCUCCUUUUGUUUAUUUUGCAGAAAUUUGAAUUUCGCGGAGUUUGAUAGGAGAAAACCGCACUUUACACUGAUUUUCAACAAAAAGACCUGGAAAAUCGGAGUUUCGAUCAAUUUCUCGUAAAAAUCGUGUGGCAAAGACAAUAAUCGGGAAAAAAAGUGAGCCACUCAAUUUCUCACCUUGAAUCGUGCAAUAUCUCAAGUUGAUGAGACCCCAAAACACCAUUAAAUGUGUCAGGUGGUCCCAUCCAUUGAGUUCACACCGCCUGAGGACAGGUGACGCAUGUACGUGAAAGUAUUCGAUUUCAUAAGUGAAGCGCUUUGAAACGAAACUUUAACCUAAUUUUCGGAGAAAUUUUGCACGAAAAAUCCUUCGAACGUCUGAGAGUCACGUAAGAUGUUUAUUCAUAACUUUCUUACACCUCUGAGGUAUCAAGAAGUGAUUUCGCACGAAAAAAUACGCUUUUAUUGGUUCUGGAAAAGCGACAAACGAAUCUCGAUUCUUCGUUCGUUUUUUUUCUCGCGUAAAUGGGGAAAUCUUCAUUUCAUUCGGAUUUUCAAAUGAAAUCGGCAAGAAAACGGGAAUAUUUUGAAUAAAAAGUCAAAUUUUCAGAUUUUCAGCUAAAAAACCGAGAGAGCAGCUGAAAACACGAUCAUGGAUUUGUGGAGCUGCGGUCCCGCACAUAAAUAAUCGAAUAAUAACGGGCUGGCCGAAAGCAGAAAAAGAAGAAGAACGGAGAGGAAAAUGAGAGCGUCUCGCCACAAAAUCAUUUUGGCGCUCUAUCGCUAAAUUAGCAAGUUUUUACGAAUUUUUGUUGUAAAAUCGUCGAAUGUCGCGAUACGGUACCAAAGCCGCAGCACCGAACGUUUUCCGAGAAAAAAGAAAACCUGAUCAAGACACGACUGUGUGAGAAAAUUUGGCGGUGUGGAAAAAAUAACAUCUCGUCGAACACUUAUGACGCAUUUUUCAUGAGAAUAUGAUGUUAUUCAACGUGCAUUUUCAGACUAGGGCCGCACAAACGUGUAAAAAUCGAUUGAUAAAACUGGCCAAAGGCUAUUUAUAAACGAGACGCGUCUUUUCUCAGAUUAACUAAACUUUGGACAUUCUUGCAGGGACCAGGAAGUGUGAAAUGUUCAGUUGAGACUGGAAAGAGCGAAUAGCACACCUACAGCAGCCGGCAAAUCAUGUGAGACCCAUCUAUUCAGAAAAAGUGAGCAAAGUUUGUGACUCUUUUCCCAAGAAACCACACAAUAUUUCGGGACGGAAGAGGACUACUAACAAGUCUGCGGCGACGGAGGUCCAUUGAGGUGACGGAUCCCGUGGGAAUUGCCGCGACGGCGCCGCCCGACUUUCACGUAUUUCACGUGGAACCAAGAUAAUCUGAUAUUUAUAUAUGGCAAGCAGACGGAAGUGAGAUAAAAAAAAGAAGAAGAAUGGAGAAAAAGAAGAAUGAAGAAGGAAGUAGUUCGGAAAGUGAAUUGGAUACGGAAAUGGGCGCUUUAGUACUGAAAAAACGCAGAAAUUUCCGUGUAAAACAAGCGAAAAGUAGUUUUGUCCUAUGUUAUCGAAAAGAAUCGAAAAAGCCCCGAAAUUCAAACUCGAGGCGCACAACUUGUCAAAAAUCCCUGAAUUUCCGGAAAAUCACGCAAAAAACUGUUUUGUUUACUUUUUUCACCGGCGAAACGAUGAAAAUUAUGUAUUCGCGCUCUAUCGCUAAAAAACAGGUUAAAGCACGUUUUUCGUUGAAAAGUGUACUAAUUUUUUUUUUUGGUCUCCCGAACCCAAUUUCGAGGUGCUCUUGCAUUGAAAUUAGUAAAAGACACCAAAAACCGGCGGCGGCGGCGGUCGAAAAAAAACUCAUUUGGUUGCCGCAUAGCACCGUCUCUUCGUCAUCCGCUUAUUUGCACAUUCUAUGAAAACAAGAUGGACAACAAAAUGAAUGCAUCGAUCUGAAAGCGGAUGACCCAGAGACGAAACGGUUUUCUUUAUGGGUAGCGCCCAUGAAUUUGUGAGGGGGCGAAAACGCGAAAAAUGAGAGAAAGGGGCGAACAAAAGUGACACAUUCCGUCUCGGGGAUUGUCAUAACAGAGUGAGUGACUGACACAUUUCUGUUUUUUUUCGAAAUCGAGCGAUAUCAGCGUUUGGACGGUUCCACCUUACUCGAUGAGUCUCAAUAAUCACUUGAAUGCAGCCAGAUUGGCCAAAAAUGCAAAGAAUUAUGUCUGUAAAGCUGGAAGCGCAGACAUCCGAGUGCAAUCGGAACUCCGUGUCAAGUUGCAUUUUGCACGCGGGACCGCAAUCCGACUACGUGUUUUGCUUGUUAUUCUUUCUGCUCGGAACGAAAUUUGACGAGUUUCCAAGAAAAGCAAAGAGUUUGUGCAAAUAAUAUUUAGGUAUUUUAAAGUAUCGAUCGAAUUUACCGAAGAGUUCCGUAAAAGCACUUGGCAAUGGUCAAACAACACGGAAAAUUGUCGCGAAAAUUUCCUGUUUUCCGCAAGGGCGGAACAUUUGAAAAUCGAAUUCGGUUUCGAUAUAAACUCAAACUCGAGGAAUAGAGGACAAAAAACAGCGAUUUGAGGGAAUGGAAAUGGAGGAGAUAAACGACGAAUUCCUCGCCAAUUGGAUUCUUCUUCUUCUUUCUCGUCGGACCAAUUUGCUCUUCCGAUGACUCGAACCACCUUUGCUUUUAAUUUUCUUUUCUUCUUUCGCCUUUUGCCUAAUGGAUUUGGUGUCGUGGCAAAAAAUGGGGAAAACUGGAAAACGUCAUUCGAGAGAAGCGCCGAAAAAGGCAAAUGAGCCAUUGAGGACCCCCUCUUUCAUCGCGCUCAUAAUCACAUUAUUUUUGCUCGUUUCUCGUGCAUCUGACCACUUCGUGUGUUUUGAUUGUAUUUUUCAAAAAUUUCAGCCAAAUAAAGAGCUGUACUGAUUUUCUCGUUUACUUUUGGUAAAAAAACAAUAAAACCCGCGGGUUUUACUUUUAUUUGAUAUGCAAAUUGAAAUACUUCUCCGGAAGAAGUUAAAAAGUUCGGCAGGACGAAUUUACAUCGUCAAUUUCAAUUUUUAGAGGCACUUUCAAGCAUUUUCAAGCUUUCCUCCAUUUUCCUGACCCAAAUUGUCGUGAGAUGUGGCGCUUGCGUACGUGCGGUGUUCACACAGCCAGUGUGUUGGAAUAUUACAUCUUCAACGCAAACUUCUGAUUUCGACCGGAUUUAUACCGGUUUUUCACUAAAAAUGAUCAUUUUCUAGGAGUAAAUGUCUAAUUUCAGCACUUUCCGCGGAAAAUGUCGAACGAGUGGGGAAACGAUUGGAAUACGGACCAAUGGAGCAGCGGUUACUCACAACCACAACAGCCAACCGCUCCGCCCGCUCAGGAACCUUCAUAUGGGUGAGUUUUGAUUCAGAAAACGAUAAAUCUUUAAUUUUAACCUAAAUUCUAACGUUUUAGAGGUGGGUAUUAUUCGCAACAAGGCCAAAAUCAAGGAUAUGAGAGCCAGGGUCCUGCUCAACACAGUUUCGAUCAAUACGGAGGAUACGGGCAAUCUCAGCAGCAACCGCAGCAGCCGAACUACGGAUACUCGCAGAACAACGGUAAAUUUUGAAGAAUUUUAACAAGAAAUCGGAAAAAUUCGUUAUUUUUUCAGGGUAUGGAGGAUUCCAACCUCAGCAAUUGAUGUCCGAUCCGAUGCUGAGUGCUGCCAAACAGUUUGGAGGUCAAUUUGCUGAACAGCAGAAGGAAAAGGUGCGUAAAAACAACGAGAAUAAAAAUGUUUACAAACAUUUGAUAUUUUCAGCUGACAAAGUACCUCGGCACGUUCAAUCUCAAGUACUAUUUCGCCGUCGACAACGCGUACGUCGGCAAAAAACUCGGCAUACUCUUUUUCCCGUUCUUCCACAAAGACUGGAGCCUAAAGUUCGCGGGCUCGUCGGACCCGGCUCCGGCUCGCGACGACGUCAACGCGCCGGACCUCUACAUUCCGUUGAUGGCGUUUCUGACGUACGUGCUCAUUUCCGGAUUCGUUCUCGGCACACAGGGACGAUUCUCGCCCGAGAUUCUCGGAAUUCUCACCACGAACGCGCUCAUCUGGGUGAUUCUCGAGAACAUCGUCAUUUUCAUCUCGAAAUACAUCCUCAACAUAUCGCAGGCGUUGUCCGUUUGGCACUCGUUGGCCUACAGUACUUACAAGUUUACACAGUGAGUUUUUAUUUGUCUAAAAAGAAGAAAAACAGUGAAAAAAAGUGACAUUUCCAUGCCAAUUCAUGGUAAAACUGCGGGACUUGGAGCCAAAUCAUGAUCUGUCCGCCGAAAAGAAACGUCCUAAAUGAAAAAAGUACGUACUUGCGAAUGCUGUUCAUCUGUUAAAAAAAGAAAGGUAGGCGUGGCCUCCGCAGUGAAAUACGGUUAAUUUUAAAAAGUUUUAAGCUCUCGGAAAAUAAAAACUCUGAAAAUCAUUGCUUUCUAAGUUUCCAACAAAACAUGACGAAUUCCAAAAGCCACGCCCAUUUUUCCUUACUUUAAGACGCAUAAACUCACAGAAACUUUGACACUGGCGGGUCUAGCAAUGACCGGAGGACCGCAACUGCUAUUAUAACUUCCACUGCGCGAGUUGCAAAACAGGGCCUCUCGAUAGUCCCGAAUGAAGAGCAGAAAGACGAGCGAAUCGAGUGGAGGGUAGAUAUUGACGCUCAUCAGGACCAGAAAUCCAAUGUUACCCACGUAGACGCCGGUCAUCGCGCCGCCAAUGAUAAAUGCGGGCGGGACAUAGACAGAGAUCACGGGUACAGUUGCCUGCAAUCUUUCACGGGCUCGCUCAUUCAGCAGGAAAAAUACAGGAAAAGACCCAGCUUUUUACAAUUUGAAUGCUCUCCGAAAACAACCAGUUAAUCUUUGGCGACGUGCAAAUUAUUUGAAAGCGCAUGGCGGGUCUUACAAGAUUUACGAGCAGAAAAUACCUCUUUGUCACCGACCUGUAUCACAAUGGCCUUUAACAGUUGCAUUUGUAUUUUGUAGAGAUGUUGGGAGAGCUGUGCGGCCCUGAACAUCUCCAGAUUUGUGCGAUACGUGAGAACGCCGCAUAUCAGCGAAAUGGUGUAGAACAGAACCUGCAAUUUAAAAGUGUACUCGUUAAGCUGUGUGACACACUCUCAAAAUAUGAUUCGCAGAACAAAAAGACGUAUAAAUAGAUCUUGCCUGAAAAGCGCAAAGUGACAACAAUGCACUCAUUGUCGACCACUCGAUGUCGCCGAAUUGGUGAUCGGAGGAGUUGGAGACGUGCUAAAGAUUCCAUCAGCUAAAAGCUCGAUUGAAAAGCGUACCCGACAAAUAGGGGCCACGUACGGCCGAUCAGUCAAAUCGAAUCCUUCCGUUGGGAUUGUGCUCAGACUGAAAUCAUUGAGCUCUAAUUCUUUUUAAGAUUGGAAUUCACUUCAAAUGUGCAGAUUUCUCCGGAGUUGGGCUCAUCAGAAAGUAGACGAAUAGGGACCAUAAUGUAAAGGGAAUCGUACAGUAGGAAAGCCAUAUCAAAAGGUAACAACCGUCAAAGUACUUGAGAUAGUGCUUGCUGGAAAUAUUGUUCAAUUUUUCAAUAGUUUUUGCUUGGACUCACUGGCAAGUGCCUAUAUAGCGAAAGAUAAAGUUUAACGAAAGAAACGAGGAACUGGCGAUGAAACAGCCGCAGUAGAGAACUGAAAUUAGAGAAUUUCCGUCUGUAGCUCAAAGUAAUCGUCGUACUUUGCAGUAGAUGAGCGAACGUGUAGCCCAGAUCGAAAAGUCGGUUCUCGGAAUAGAAAACGUAUCCAAAACCGUGAAUAUCCACGACGAUAGCCGGCUGCACCAGCCAGUCGAUGAUGGCGAAGAAAAACGCGUAGAAACAAUAGAUUCGCAGAAAGUUCUUGUAGCUGCCGAACUCUUUUCGCGACUUUUUCUCGAUUAGAAAGAACAGAGUUACGGUGGACCAGAUGGAGACGAAAAACGAGAACCAUCCGAAGAUGUGGGCCAGAUUCGACCAGCGAGACAUUGUAUUACGCGAAAAAUGGAAAGAAAUGGAAGGAAGGAAAUGUGUUGACGGAACGAAGUGUUGUGUUCCUUUGGGAGAUCUCUAAUUGGCGGUUUACCAUCUAAAAGGGGAGCCGCGUGCUUGAACGAUGAGCCCGGGAGACUUAGAGUCUAGAUUGUGGCUGACAUAAGUUUCGGAUCUGGAGAAUUGUAGUUGAAAAAGUCACAUCUUCAUUCAGUUCAGAAAGAUGAGUUAUAGGCUUUUCCUUCCAAGAAUUUCAGUACUGACAUCUUAAGUUAGCAUGCUUUUUUUUAACUGAAAGAGAUUAGCUAACUGUUUGAUGUCAGUACUACAAUCAAGGAAAUCUGUUCAUUUUUUGUAGGAUGUGCUCACUUCAUGGGAACAAAAUGAUGUUCCAUAAGCGGUUGUCAAUUAUCACACUCUGCUAGGCUUACUAUACGAAAACAUUGAACCCCUGGGGAAUCAUCAUAGUUAUCACCGGCCAGGCAGAAGGAAAAAAAAUAUAUGUAUAUAUAUUCAUCAGUCCGGGGUAGAAACAUUUCGGCGUUUUUCAUCUCGCUACUUUUAAAAAUAACAAUAAUAAUCGAUAAGACAGCAAGUAUGGUAAUCAUAAUUUUUUCAGCAUGAUCGUCUGCCUUCUCCUCUUCAUGGUCGGCGACAAAACGUUCUACUACGCGGCGCUCGCCUACAGCUCCCUGGCGCUCGUGCUCUUUUUGCUCCGAUCCGUCUCCCACUUCAUGUUCGACUCGUCCGGCUCGUACGGCUCCGAAGAAGGCCGCAAACGGAAGCUGAUCCUCGUCGCGUUCGUCGUAAUCACUCAGCCGCUGAUCAUGUGGUGGUUGACAAGGUAAUAAUCAAUGCACCGAAUUAUAACCGAAUGACACGUCUCUUGUCCCUUACUAACUCUAACAACUCAAUGUUCUCACAGUGUCCUCUCUUUUCUAGCACACAAAUCCAAUCGACGGCGCCGCGGAUGGUGGUGGGCCACGAGUGGCUGGAGAACAAUAUCAACGGAGGAUGAUGAUGAUGAAUCAGUGUCAUAGUUGUUGCCUUUUCACACACACACACUUUUUUUAUGUUAUCAAAACAUUUUCUGGUCAAAAAUUGGCGGUUUUAGUCGGUGACAAACAUUUUGCAACUUUUGACGAUAGGCUUCGAUUCAGAAUAGCCAACUCCUAGAAACUUUCCAAAUGUAAUUCCUCAGCUAGGAGCGCUUGAAAUUUUUCGAAAUUUUCAUUAAACACGAACAAACUUGAGUGUUUCUCUAUGUGACUUGUGUAACCAAAAUAAUUUCUAACACGAAUACAUGUCCCAGUCCCUCUCCGCCUCCCGCGUUCCUCAAAUUCGGUGUUCAGUGUGGCGAGUAGCUACGAUUACGACAAGUUCGGACUCGCCCAACUUGCGCUCUCCAAAAUGAGCGGCUCGGGCGCAAAAGUCGCUCAGAAAUUCAUGACGAACGAGGGAGACAUCGACUACGAGGCGCUCCUCAAAAUGCCGAAAUCUGACUUCGAUGGAAUGUGA